CGACAUUGUCUCGACAAGCUCUGAACACAACAGUCCACACAUAGAACAGAGCUUUACCAUUCGUAUGCGCUUCUGGAAGACUGAUACAGCUGCUCAGGAUGGCACAGACGCUGCAUCAGCCUCCACUUCAGGUGCUUAUAGCACACCCGUGCCGCCGACCGAGCUCAAGUGGGAGUUAUCCACGCAAGGCUUGACGACACAAUACAAAAGCUUCUACUUCACAUUUGAGGAUGGCUCUGCUGGCUAUUUCCAGUUCGCGUACGGAAAUCUAGGAAUCCUCGUCAAAGUGGCUCCUAUGGGUUGGACGUUGUAUACCCCAGGCACUGAUGCAAUUGUCGGUUCUCAGACGCUGCACGCUUCGAGCAUGCACAUCUCACGGGACCAGUACUCAGUGACCAUCGGUAGCCACUCACUGAGCAUGCGAGAAGAUUGCAGUGGGUGGACAGCGUGUAUCAAGGACCCAGCAGUGACAUACAAUCUUGAAUUUGACAUUGAGAGCGAGUGCUUUGCAGGCUACAACCUGGGCGCCAGCUCGUCAAAGAGGCAUCUCCGGCAUCGAAUCGUCCCUGUCGUGAAAGUGAGGGGGACAGUAGAAGCACAUGGCAAGCUUGUUGAAGUCAAUGGUCAAGGAACCUACAUUGAAGCAUUCUUCACGCACGUCAAGUUCACAGAUCUUUGUAAUUCAUUUGCCAACUUUCAGCUCAGGUCACCAGAUUCUAGCAAAGUUCUGACUAUGCUCCAUUACAUCCCGAGAGGCCUCGACGAGAGUCAUCAAAUCUCGCAGGGGUCCUACACUGAGAAUGGGAAGGUGGUUGCCAUCGCGCAAGACAACAAGUUGGCUCACGCAGACUUGGUCAAACAUGCGCCGUCAGGUUACAUGAUACCAACAUCGAGUACUUUGAGCUGGCGAGGAAGCACUCUUGAAGGGAAAAGCUUUGAUGCACAAGUCCAGCUGCCCCUGGGCGAGCCUUCGAGCGUGACGGACGUGCUCUCCAUCUUCCCUUCAUUCUUCAAGGACAUCGUCAAAAUCUGGGCCGGUCUACCCUUUGUCUUUUGCUGGAGAGUGCCAGAUACCAGAGCGUCGAUCCACAUCGACGGAGUUGCUCACAAUUUUGAGGGUUUGAGCAACACAGAGCUUACCCAUGUUCAUCUCAACUAGCAUCCGACUUUUGGUCGAUCUGCUGAGCCUCCCUGUCGCCCGUCUUUGUCUCUGGGAACUGCCGUUGAAGCUCGUCGAGAAGGCAGCUAGCAAAGUCUUCGUAGCCCUGCAGCUUUCCAUUCAGAUACUGAUUAUCGCGCACGACCGCUUCUGAGAAUUGCCUUGUGUAGACUGUGGGAUUUCGGCCUGCCUCGAUAUAUUCCAGCACGUCUUGUGGGAUGUCAAUGUCAACGGCCUUCUGCAAGUCAUCGAGUUCAGCGUACUUGCUGACGAGAUCAUUA